AUGUCUUAUCGCGGACGAGGAUACAGUAACCAACAUCAACAACGUCGAGCGUUGGCUAAUGGCUUGAGACAAGCACCGCCUUUUCCAGCCGAUAGCAACAGCGAUCUGGAAGACAACGAUCAUGUCAGAUUUCCAGAAAUUGACAGAGAUAUCAGGGAUAGAAAACCGCAAAAGAGAGAUGGUAAACUUAACUACAAUAGUCGCAUUCCAUUGCCAGCAAGGAGCAAUGAAGGUGCAGCGAACGAGCUCACCGCAGGCGAGCCCAGAAACUUCAGAACACGAAAUUUUAACUCAUCAAAUCCUGAAUUUCCUAAUAAUUCUACCUCAGAUCCAGCAGCUAGAGACCAGCGAAAAAGUAGAGUAAAUGCUGUAAAGAAAAUCACUUUCUAUCGAAAUGGGGACAAACAUUUCAAAGGCGUCGAAAUGGUCGUGACUAGGCAACGCUACCGAUCUUUCGAGACUAUUGUAGAUGACCUUUCGAAGGCAAUUCCACUUCCGUACGGAGUAAGAAAUGUGUUCUCGCCAGGUGGAAGUGUGAUUACAACUAUCAACCAGCUAGAGGAUGGAAGACAUUAUAUCUGUUCUUCGGGAGACCAACUUAUUAAAAAUGUGAGCUACGGCGAAAAAAUGAAAGAUAAGCCUCGGUCGCUCGAUGUGGAAAGCUUCUCUGGAGGAUCUUCGCAUUCUUCCUCUAGCAGGGAUUCAAAGUUUGGCGGGAAUUCCGACAGAAAUCCGAAACCGCGCGUUAUAACUAUCGUGAGUGAGCGCGACAGAAACAAGAAAUGCAAAAUUUUGUUGAACACGAAAACCGUCAAAAGUUUUGAUGCUGUUUUAAAGGACAUUUCUGACAUGUUGAAGUACUCUGUCAAGGAACUGCGCAAUUUAGAAGGUGUCAAGGUGAGGCUUAAGUUAAUUUUCGUUCAGUCGGCAAGCUUCGCUGAUUUCCUACGAAAACAAAAUCAUCACUGCCGCGUGAAAGAUAGAUUAACCGUUAAGAGUUACUCUUUUUCGUUCCGAUUAAACGGAACUCUUAAGCGAUUUUGAUUUUCGUUUAUUUUUAGGUCAUGGGUAGAAUUUUUUUUCGAAAUCACAGAAAAAGGCUACGUGCAAUAGGGAAUUUAACCAAAAUUAUCCUAAACGUUGAAACCAGAUCGGUCUAAUUUCGUUGACAAAUAUUGUCUACAAGACUUAAUAGCCACCUGUCUGCUUUUACACAAUGCAUCAAGCUCCGUCCUCGAAUAGAUAGAUAAAUGAACAUUAAAUUGGGUAAAUCAAAUCAUGCUCUCUCUUAUCUUGCCAUAUUUUUCCAAAUUAUUUUUUAACUAUUUGAUGAAAGCAGUUAGUCGGUCAAGAACUGAGGCAGGCGGGCCUUCUGACAUUAUGGAAUAGAGAUGGUUGCUUAUUAUGAAAUUACUAGUUUUUAAUUAUUAAUAGCAUUUGGUUGCUAGUUUUAAUGCAUGUUUUUUAGCACAAGUUUAUUAUUGAUGUCUAGAAGAUGAAGUGAAUUUUGCAAAAUUGAUCUCUUACCUUGGAAAAUUUUGAUGAUCUUUUGAAACAUAAUUAUUAUUAUUAUUAUUAUUAUAAGAGGAUAAUUUCUUGAGGGAGUGUAAUUAAAUUAAAUAAAUUUGCAUAAUUCACCCCUGGGAGAGCUGGUAUACCAGUGCAAAGAAGGGAGAUUGUAAUCUUUACAAAAAAGAUGUGUGGAAAUGGAUAAACAUUUAUAGGGAAAGGAUUUAACUCAGUGACUCAGGGAUUUCAAAACAAGCAGAUGACUGCUGGAGUUCCACCAGCUACUUGAUAACAUGUUGCUGGUUACUCAAGUCAAAAUAGUUACCUUUUGGCCCUUAACUCUUUAACUCCCAAGAUCUGAUUGUUAAUUCUCCCCUCUAGCUGCCUCACAUUUUCUUGUGAAUUAGUUACGAGAACUUGGUGCUAGAUCAAGGUAGCAGCUUCGACAUGAUAAGUUUCAAUAUUCUCAUUACCUGUUUGCUGAAUAAUGUAUAGAUAUUGUAGGAAGAAGUUUAAUGUUAAUCACUUCUGGGACUAGACUAUUGGCACUACUUUGAUGAAAAUCCAGCUCUUUAAUGGGCUGACAAACACUGUAUGGUCAAACAUACCAAUUAGUAGAAAGCUGUUUCUUCAUGCAAAUCUCUUUGAGUAUAUUAGUGACACACUGGGCUGCACCUGUGCCUCAUUUUGUUCUCACCACAUUUUGACCUAAUCUAUGAUAUACUUCUGAACAGAUGUGUGGCACCAUAGACUUUAAUUGUUAAAUAGGGUAUUCUGUUUUCCAGGUAAAAAGUCUCUCACAGUUAUAUCGGGAUGCUGAUACAUUUAUUGCUAGUAGCGCAGAACAAGGUUCUAAGAGAAACUUGUCUAAUCCAUCAUCUAAUAGUAGUAACCAUUCAGGAUCUCCACCUCAAAGAAAUCGUUUUCAAAAGUCCAGGAAGAAACCAAAGGAAGAAUCAACUGGUAUGUGGCUCAACACCUUAACUGUAGGCUUCUUACAUUUUUACUUAGAUGCAGUGAAAUAGUAUUGAAUGUAAAAGUUAGGUUUGGUCCGUUUCAAUUUAGACUCCAAAGGGCAUACAUGCACUAGUGCAAGUCUUUCAGCAUUUUGUCGCAGUUGAAAGGCAUGUGAGAUACUCUUAACCUUUUGACCUGUAAGAGUGACUAGCAUCUUCUUUCUCCUACAGUAUCACUCCCUGAAUCAAUUAUUAAUGUCACAAGAAUAAAUGAAAUGAUUACGAACUUAAGAAUCUCUUGAUUGUUGAACAAAUUCUCCUUGUCAGCACCAUAGGAAAUGUACAGAGAACAUUAAUGUGAAUAUACAUACAGGUACUUAUGUUCAAGGGUAAUAGGUAAAGAAGGGUCAACCUUUUCCACAUGCUUUGCAAACGUUUUUCACCUGCAUUUCACAAGGAAAAUUUCAUAUGCAUGUUAAAUUUUCAUGUGAAAUAAGUGUGAAAAGAAUGCAAAGACUGUGCCAAGAAUUUACCACUAGGAGCAUCUCAGUAUAAGAAACACUUGUCCAUUGAUAUUGUAGUUAUGUGCAAAAAAUGUGUAAAUAAUAUACAUACAUACACACAUACAUACAUACUUUAUUCGUCCCAAAUGGGCUUUUCAGAAUAAAGAAAUAAUUAAAACUAUAUACUAAUAAAUUAAUGGGCUAAUUAACUAAUUAACCAGUAAAUAAAUAACAUAAUCAAAUUAAGUAAUUAAAUAAAUUAAAUAAAAAUAACAAAAGCAAUUAAGUCUCUAAAAAGGUUUGAGGUAAGGCUUCUCUUCAGGCAAAGUUUGAAAUCCUUUAGUGUCAGUUUCAACUUAAGAGCAGAGUCUUAAUGAGUUCCAGAGUUUGUCCUGAAGUAGAAAGUUCUUUGUCCUGUGGCAGUUUUAUACAAAGGAAUAUUUAGCAUCUGGGAGUUCCUCAUUGUACACUUAGUGAUGGUAGCUCUUUGGAUAUACUUAGAAAAUAAAGAGUCUAGAGCACACCCAGUCGUGCAUUUAAAGGCCAUUAUUGCAUGGCAAUAAUGCAACUGCUGUCUUACAUGUGAUUCUCUCUUUUCAGUUAAAAGCCAAGUUGUGACCAUAAAAGUAAAAGGACGUGUACAUACUUAUCAUCACACAUCAGAUUUGGAUAACUAUACAAUUGAUGAGUCUCCAGUAUCACCUCCAGACUCCAAGCUGCAACUCUCUUGGGUGUAUCUUUUCUAUACUUAGACCAUAUAUUACAUUAACUCUUUAACCCCUCAGAGUGACCAAAAUCUAAUUUCUCCUUACAAUAUCACCCCUGAAUGAAAUAUUAAGAUCAUGAGAAUGAAGGAGUUGAUCACCAACUAAAGAAGCCCAUGAUGGUAGAACAAAUUCUCCUUGUCAGCACCAUAGGAAAUGUAUAGGAGCAGUGUGGAGAAUAUGCAUACUGAUGUUAGGGAGUAAAGGGUGAAGAGAUCAAUUAACUUGGGACUAGUAUAAAGAAACCAGUGAAUGUCCUCUAGGUUGGAAUAAAAAAUUGAAUGAGACUAUUAAAUUUUAGUUGGAGAAUUCUCCUUUCAAGAUAGACUCCCUCAAGGGUUAAUGAUAUAACCUGUGACAAAGAAUUAUAAGUGCUGCUAUAUGAUCCUUGACAUUUGAUUUAGAUAUGGAUACCAUGGCAAAGACAGUUAUAAUAAUUUACACAUCUUACCAUCUGGAGAAAUACUUUAUUUUGCUGCUACAAUGGUGGUCAUAUAUAACAAAUCAACAAACACUCAGCGGCAUUACACUGGACAUGCUGAUGAUAUUAAAUGGUAAGCAAUGUGCUGCAGGUUAUCCAGAAAUCAUGACAUCUAUUUUGAGCUUAAAACAGUCACCUACAAUUGAUAGAUAUUAUUUUUCUAGAAAACUUAACACUUAUUAACUCUGACUGGUUAACAAUCUCUUAUUGUGAUGAAGAUUAAAUGAAAAUUGAGGUAACAAAUAGUCAGCACAGUUUGGUGCAGGCAGAUGGUGGUUUGUUGGUUUGCAAGCAAAAGUAAUUUUCAAUGAAGUGUUAAAAGUAAUCAGGGAUUGUUUUGGGUUUGCUUUCCCUUCUCUGUGUUUGGUUCAGAAAACUUGCACCAUUUUCCCUACAAACCAAAUGCAUAACUAAACCAAUCACAACUAGAAGUAACUGAUUAAUAUAUCUGUAAAUUUCUUCUACCCAGUAUGGCUGUUCAUCCCAAUCAGUGGUAUAUUGCAACAGGACAGGCAUGUGGGCUAUCAGUAGACCAAAAUGAACUUGUAAGUUAUAGCACUUUUAAAAUGAUGAAUGCUAAUUAAAAUUAUCAGUAAUUGUUGACAAAAUGUUAUUACAUGUCCUUAAAUAAUUUAUCAGUCACUUUACUUCGAUCUUCAGCAGUUAGUCACUAAGAUAAAUGUAGAUGGGUUUCCCAGUCAAGGAGAGGUAUUGUGGAUAAACAGCCAAGUUUUUUUGCUGUUUGUUGGCUUUUCUCCAACAAAUUAUUAGUUUAAAAGAGACACUGAAGUAAAAUAAGUUAGAAAUAGUUUUCAUUAAAGUUAAAACUGCCAAGACAUUUAUUAUAAAUAUCUUUAAUUUGCGUAGAGUCAUAUCAGGAUCUGGGACGCAGAGACACUAAUCACAUUAGCUGUUCUGGCCCUUCAGGAGUACAGUUUGAGUGUUUCCUGCUUAGCAUUUUCUCUGCAGGUAAUUUACUUUGUUGUCAGGCAGUUAUUCUGUUAGGCAUGCAGUCACUGCCCCACAGGUAGCAGUUUACUUGUGUUCUAAAUCAUUUUUGCUAAGCACCAACAAAUUAAAAACUCUCUCCACUUGACUCUGAUGAUGACUACUGCUUAAAAUCCACUCUGUGUCAACAACAACAAUCGCUUUUUGCACCAGACUGUGCAAUCAACCAACAAGAACUACAGACUAUCAAUGAAAUUUUUGGAUUUACAUAAUUGAAUUGAAUUUGAACAUUCUCACAGUAAUCGAAAGGGUAGUUCCCCUAUCAGUUGUGGAGGGGAAGUCAUUUUCUUCCCCACAAAUGUGUUCUCAUCUGUGCUCAUCAUCUCUUUCAACUGCUUAUCUGAUUUUUUAACAAAAAUUGAGUGAAAUACUGGCAGGCAUAAGGAUGUUUUGCCAGUUAAGAUGGUCAAUGACACAUAAAACUCAGUUUCUUGCUUACCGGUUAUUAUUAUUUAUUAUUAAAUUGUUAACAGGAUAAUGGAAAACAAUUGGCCUGUGUGGAUUCACUGGAUGAUGAGCAUCAUCUCACUGUGUGGGAAUGGGAAGAAAGAGCAAUAACACAACAGAGCAAGGUGUGAAGACGGAAUUAAUUUUUACUUGUAAAUAUUAAUUUUCCUGGAGCAUUGAAGAAAAAUCAGAGUAUCUGUAACUCCUGCUAGAUCAACAAACUUAACAACGGAAAACUUGAGACCAAGUUAGGCGAUUCAUUUUGUUCAUAUGUUCAAACACUCUGCAAACUGUUAGACAGUGUAGAGUGGUCUAAAACAAGGUGAUGACUGAACUCUUUGAACCCUAACAGUGACUAGCAUCUAAUUUCUCCUUACAAUAUCAACCCUGAUUCAAACAUUGAGGUCACAAGAAUUAAAGAAAUGAUCACCAACUAAAAAAGCUCUUAAUUGUUGAGCAAUUUAAUGUUAUUAGGGCCACCCCCAUCACCAAGGAAAUGUAUACAUAACAGUAUGGAGAAUUUGCAUGCUGAUGCUAAGGUGUUAAGUAUUGAUGGGACUAAAAGAAUUCCUUUUCUGGAAAUUAGGGUCAGUCUAAUGCUAUUGUGGCAGUCGUCUUUGAUCCUGAUGACAGCAAGACUCUUGUCACUUGUGGAAAGGAGCAUGUCUAUUUCUGGAGACUUCACAACACAAGACUAGAGAGGAAAAGUGGCUAUUUUGAGGUGAAUUUAUCGGUACUCAUCCAACAUGAACCUUGUAUAGUGAACGCAAGGUUUCUUUUAGCUUGCAACUUGUAGUUUUAAAUUCUAAGACUGAUUUGAAUAAGUCUGUAAUUUGGCCAGGCAUGGUAUAUACCAGCUACUUAACCCUUUAACCUCUAAGAGUGACCAGCAUCUAAUUUCUCCUAACAAUAUCACCCCUGAAUUACACAUUAAGGUCCUGAGAAUAAGGGAAAUGAUCACCAGCUAGAGAAGCUCUUGAUUAUUAAACAAAUUCCCCUAGUUGACACCUUGGGAAAUGUAGAGAGAACAGUAUGGAGAAUAUACAAACUGAUGGUAGGGUGUAAGGGGUUAAAACUCCAAAUAUGUUUUUCUUCACCUUAAUGUUGAAUUUUUAUCAUGUUUACCAUUACAGAAAUAUGAAAUUCCCCAGUACUUUACAUGCUUAGAGUUUUCACCCAGUGGAGACGUCAUUACUGGUGACUCUAAUGGUUCCAUCACAGUUUGGGGAAAAGGUAACUUCUUAUGAAAAUAGUCCAGUGCAUUUUUUUACUAUUAUUGCUAUGAAGUUGAAUCAUCUCCACAUAUAGAAUUGUAAAAAAGGACUAACUAAAUUUGGGUCUUUUAAUUUCAUUGGAUUUCAGUGUCAAAGAAGAUCAAGUUUGUUGUUAGAAAUGCACAUGAGGUAAGAUUUGUUUCCUUAGAUUAUAAAUUUUGUCACUUUGAUUUUGAAUUCACAUAGAAAUCCACUUUGCUUCAUGUCCAUCUCAGUAGCUGUGAUGUGAAUACUUUAUUUUCUUUGAUCUCUCCUUUCCAUCUCAUUCUCCUUACCUUUCCUUUUCCCCUUUCAUCUGCUGUAUCAUACCACUUUAGUUCCUUCCUGCCACCCUUAUCCUCUCUCCCUUUGCUCCUAAUCUUUUCACCAUCAGUGUUCUUCCUCUCCCCUGUCUUCCUUCCUUCUCAUUCAGCCCUCUGCCUUCCUUACUUCUCCCACUCCCUAUCCUUCCCCCCUUACCCUUCCCUUCUCCUUCCUUUGUCAUGUCUCCUUCCUCUCCAUCCAAUCUCUCCUCUCUGCUAUCCAGAUCAUCCAUCUUCCAUCUUCCCUCCCUGUUACCUUUUUUCCACUUUCUUUUCAUUAUUGAUUCUAUUUUUCUGUUCUCUUGUCCUUCUUUUCUUCCUUUUUUGGUUGCUUCUUUUUCUUUCUGCUUCUGUCCAAGGAAUCCUUUCCUUCAUUCAUUCAUAAAUAACAGUACUGUCAAUACAAAAACUUAAGGUUGUAUUUUUCAUUUUUAUCUGCAGAAAAGUAUUCUAAGUCUAAGGUUACUUGAAAAUGGGACUCUGUUAAGUGGUGGCUUGGAUGGCAGACUUGAAGCUUGGGAUGCUAACAAAUAUUUUAAUACACCACUACACGAAAUUCAGGUGAGGAAAACACUUUCUAUCCAAGAUGUUGUUCUUUCAUAGGAAUAACAUUACUGUCAUCACUAGAAGAGCAUGUGGGGCUUAUAUUAAAUGUUACUAGCUUAAAAAUAUUUUGGUGUUAUUUCUCAGCUUGAUAGCAAUUUUGGGGGAAUCUGUGCUAUUGAACCAUUGCAUUCAGGCCAUGGAGAUGACAUCAGUGUUAUUCUUGGAGUGACAAGUAAUGAUGUUGUAGAGGGCUCUCUGAAUACUACCUUUCAUCCAAUUGUUCAGGUAUGAAACAAAACCCUUUUUAGGUAUUACUGAUUUGCCAUUGAUAAAUCUCAGAAAAAUGGAGACACUAGUAUCAAUAUGCAGAAUGUGUGGUCCCUUGAAAUUGCUUUCCUUGUGCAAUAUUUGAGGUUUACAUCUAUAUAGGAGCCAGUCUUUUUUCAAGUUGCUCUGCACAAAUUCCUCAGGCUCUCUAUUCAUGCAUUUCAAGCAGGUGAUACUCUUGGCACUGAUCACAGAAAAAUUUCCCAGUGUACUAGAUAUAGCUGUUGUGAAAAACCAAUAAUUAUCUAACUUGUCAUUUAUCAAAUUGUUAAAUGUACAGGCACUUUUCUUGUUUACCUUUUACGACAGUUUUAGACCAAUCACACACAGCAAAAAUAAUUCAUGGACUGCAAUUGCAGAAGAUCAAAAAUACCAUAAUGGAGAUUUUUUCAUUUGCAAUGCCUUGUUCAUGUGGAAAAGAUCUAGAGCUUAACAACAGCUUUUAUAUCUUCAUGUAGAGUCAUAAGGAUGAAGUUCAUGCCCUAGCUGUACAUCCUAAUGAAACACAGUUUAUCAGUGCAUCUCUUGACCACACAGUCUCUUUGUGGGAUGCUGAAACUCAUCAGGUUAUUUGGACGAUCAGUGUGGAGGUAAGCUAUCACAGUUUCUGCUUGAGCCAUGUUUAUUCCUUUAAUUCCUAGAAGUGAUUAACAAGUUCUCCCCAUAAUAUCACACAUUAUCCAGCAAGCAGGUAAUGAAAAUACUUAAACUUAUCUGGCAGAAGUUGUUGUCUUGAUCUACCACCAAAUUCCUGUGACUAAUUCACAAGUAAAUGAGUAGCAGCUAGAGGAGAGAAUUAACAAUCAGAUCUUGGGAGUUAAAGGGUUAAGUAAGAGUUAGUAACUUUUGUUUGAACCUUUUCACUCCCUUCUCAUUCUCCAAACUGUCUGCCACACAAUUCAUAUGAUUUUAUACUUACAUUGUUUGGAGAAUUUGGUAUUGGAUCAAUUUUGGUAUUGGAUCAAUUAAUCAACAUUUCUAAAAUUAGGAAGUACCUCACUGAGGAAACUACAGAAAUUCUUGUUCAUGCAUUUGUUAGUUCAAAACUAGAUUAUUGUAACUCUUUAUUGUAUGGCCUCCCUAAGCAUAUGAUAAGUAGUUUGCAGUCUGUGCAAAACACGGCUGCUCGCAUCGUUACUUUAACCAAGAAAUUUGAUCAUAUCACCCCUGUAUUGAUUCAACUGCAUUGGUUACCUGUUCACUUUCAGAUUCUUUUUAAAGUUUUAUUGUUAGUUUAUAAGGCCCUAAAUGGUAUGGCACCAUUAUAUAUCAUGGAAUUACUUAGUUAUGUAGAUGUUCACGUACGCUACACUCUACUGAUCAAAAAUUUCUGGCGGCUCCAAAGUCAAGACUUAAAACAUACGGAGACAAGGCCUUUUCCGUUGCUGCACCUAAACUCUGGAAUGAGCUGCCAUUAGAUCUUAGAAGUUUAGACUACACUUGACUAUCCCUACUACUCUCUUUUCUCAGGAGUGUAAAUGGGUAUUAGUGCUCUUUUGAUGAAAGCUGAUGAAAUGCAGGGCAGAAGGGGAGAGGGUGCAAAACUUGUGAUGGACUAAAAUCUCUCCAGAGGAAUUAAACAAACUGUGCGUAGUGCUGUAGAACUAGGAUAAGCACCAGAUGGAUAGGCCUUUCAGCUUGUGUUUAGAUUAAACCUUUAGAUCAAUUACCUUUUUCAGACAUGUGGACUAUCAACAGUUGAAGAUCUCAAGCACUGAAUGAAUUAUUAAUUUUGAUUUCCUUUAUUCUAGUUUCCUGUCAAAUCAGCAGCUUUCUAUUCCACUGGUGAUGUGUUAGCUUUGGGAACAACUGUGGGAAGGUAUAAGUUAGAGUAAAAUUAGACUUUUUGGUUGUUAUUUAGAAACUGCUUAAUCACCAAAUUUUCAACUUUUUCAGGUGGAUUGUGGUGUCGUGUGAAUCAGGUAUGCACAUUGCUUCAUUCCAAGAUGGAACAGACCCUCUACCUGAUCUGGAAUAUGCUAAAGGUAUGGUUACUUUUCACCUGACUAAAACAUAUCAUGGCCGCACCAAUCCACGUGAGUUUAUUGCUUUAAACCUUUAGCUACCAGAAGUGAUCAACAUGUAACUUCUUCCUAUAAUAUCCAUAUAUUAUCCAGUAAACAAGUAAUGAGAAUACUCAAACUUAUCAGGUAGGAGUUGUUAUCAUGAUCUAACACCAAAUACUCAUACAGUAACAGAUUUACAGGGAUAUGAGUAGCAGCUAGAGGGGAGAAUUGUCAAUCAGGUCUUGGGAGUUAGAGGGUUAAGAACUUGAUGUUUGGAGAAGUUUCUUAGUUUGUUUUGUGAUAGAGGCUGGUUUAAUUUCUAAGCUCUUUAACUAGGAAUAGGAUUGACUUAAUUCUCUGCUCACUAGUAUUUUAUGGACUAAGAUAAAUUUUCAUGUAGCUAAAGUGUAAUUAACUGAAAGCACUAUUCUUAAUCAUCUUCAGUAGAACAACAUUAUUUCAAUAACUCUUUUUGGAUAUGAAAUGAGUGACAAAUGUGAGGUCAUGGAACUUCAGUAAUGAUCCUGAAUGAUGAAACAUGUUUAACUUAAUAAAUAAAAGUAAAACUGUUUGACUUUUUAUCAGAUGGAGAGCACAUUGCUAUUGCCUCUCAGGAUGGCAAUAUUUCUGUUCAUGCAGUCUAUGAUGAGGGUACAACUUACAGGAGAGUUGGCACAUGUUCGGUAAGUCCAUACACACUCAAGUCAGAUGUAAUUUAUCAUUACCAACUGAGUUGAUGAUAUAAAUUGGCCACAUAAAGAGUUCUGAAGCUGACAUUUCAAGCUUUAGCCCUUCAUCAGACCAACUGGUGAAGGGCAAGUUGACCAAAAAGAUGUUCAAAAUUUCAAUUUGUAGUUAGCUGUAAAUUAUAGUUGUUAUUUUCUGAAAGAAAAGCAUUUGAAUUUUAUUGGGAAGAAUCCAAUCAUCUCUCUCUCUCUCUCUCCCAACAGGGGCAUAGCGAACCAAUUAUGUUUCUGGAUUGGUCUCUUGAUGGCUGCUUCCUUCAGAGUUUGUCUGUUGACUACGAACACAUUGUUUGUAAGUGAAUCAAGUUUAUCUAUAAUAUACACCUCACCUUUACCAUGGUGGUGUAAACUCCCACCAUGGUGUUUCAAACUUUUGCUGUGGCAAUUAAAAAUGUUUUUCUGUUCCUCCUCUUACCAAUGCGAAAGUGAAUGUUGCUCAGCAUAAAUCUUGUGGAAUUAAAGAAACUUCAUCUGCCAGUCCUUCCUAAAGUGACUGUCCAAUUAACCUUCAUUCAAGUGGAUAAAGAAAAUGAAAAUAAUAUCACUGAGGGAAUAUCAGCUUGAUUGAAUAACAAAGAAAUUUACCAUACUCAGUUGGGAGAAUUAACUUUAUACCUCGGUUAAUGUGCUUCUAAUCCUCUUUUUCAGGGGAGAUUGGUGGAUUUCUGAGAGAAGAGUCACAAGAUGUUAUCCGCGAUAUUGAUUGGUCCACAAGAAAUGUCAUGUUAGGAUAUGAUGUAGCAGGUAUGAAAUGGGGAAAGUGGGUGCUGGAUGAGAAAUGUGAAAUUGUGAGAAAAAUUUUACCAUUUUCCUAGCCUUCAUAUUAGACUACACAGAUGGUAAGAACAGGAGGUCUUAAGUCAAAGCCAAUCCAAUGUCUCAGGUAAAGUGUAUAACUUUGGAAAGGCAAAACGACAAAGAUAUUUAUCAAUAACAUAGUUCAGUUUACUGCUCUGAAAAUGUGACAAAAUGCUAGUACAAACCAUUAAUAAAGAGAAUUAUUGUAAUGUACAAAGAUCCAAGGAAUGAUACCUCUUUUAAGUUUAUGAAACUCUACACCAAUGGCUGGCAAAUUUUUGACAGCUGUAGAGAACAUUCUUUAACAGUUGAAACAUUUUUUUCAUGAUAACUCCUAUAUCUUUCAUCACUUACUUAUGCAGGAGUGUGGCCUCCUCAACCAGAUGAUGGAAAUUUAGUGAAUAGUUCUGACCUGUCAUGGUCACGUGAUAUUUUUGCUGUAGGAGAUGAGUUGGGAUAUAUCCGUCUGUUUAGAUUCCCAUGCAGUCAACCAGGGGUGAGUAAUAAGUCAUUUAUUGAAGUCCUUGUAACCGUAAAGUUUAACUACGAUGUUGAAGACUCGUACAAGAUGAGGAUAAAUUCAAAGUCUAGAUCAAAAUAAGACUUGGCGUAUUUCUAUAUGUGUAUUGUAUUUUAUCAUGAUGUUAGUAUUUCUUUUUCCUUGUAAUUAUUAUAAUUUUUAUGAAUAAAAGUGAAAUUGCUGUUAUCUAGUUAACAGGUGGAGUAACAUUCAAUGAUUUCAUGUGAUUACCUGCUUAAUUAUAAGGGUAGUCCAAAAAAAGGCUGUGUUGGAGACACUAAUUGAUGCUUGUACAACAUUUUAUUUCAACUAAUUGAAAAUCAGUAGUUAUCAAAAACCAGACUCAACACUUGACUUAAAUGAAGACUUCUAUCCAAUCACAUGUUAUUGAAAUUUUAGUCCCUGUCACUGACAACCCCUUUUCAAUACCAUCUCACCUGGCCCCGGUUGUUCGAAAGCCGAUUAAAUUAUCCCUCGAUUAGAGGUUAAUCGACGAUUAAUAUUCUUAUCCCAAAGAUAGCUAAUCUAGGUUUAAAAUAACGUUCCUGAAAGCAGAUUUAUCCCUUGAUUAACUAUCCCACGAUUAAGCUGAGGUUAAACCAGUCAAACCGGUUAUUAAGAGCUACGCGGCUACGCGCGAAAAAAAAUUGGAGGGAAAAAAUGGCGGAAAGGGAGAGUGCACAUGGAAGUGGAAACCAAACGAAAGAUAGAAAAAGAAAGCAUAAUUUUUCAGUUUAUGAGAUUGAAGUCAUCACCGAUAAUGUCAAAAAAAAAAUCUCGAUUUAAUCCAAUCCAAAUUAACGAAUGCUGUGACCAACAAAAAAAACAAAUGCUAUGGGAAGAAAUAACCCAAGCGGUAAAUGCGGUCGGAACAGCCAAGCGAACAGUCACGGAGGUAAAAAGACAAGUGGAAAAAUCUCCAUAGCAUCGCCAAGAAAGAAUUUGCAGAAUUCAAGAGGGAGACCAAGAUAACUGGAGGUGGUCGGCCUCCAAAGUCGCCGAGUGUUGCCAGCAAAGAGAUUAUUGAGGUGCUUGAGGACACGCCGGCGUUCAGCGGUUUGAUUGGCUUUGAGACAGGUUUGUAAACAAUUCUCUAUUGUUUCUAGGUUACCAAAAGUUUUAAAAUUGUAGACAGUCAACCGGCCAUGUUGUUUCGGCGGGGUUUUCAGCUUAUCAAUCGCUUUCCCGUCUUUGAGCAUACGAAAUGUUCGGACACAAGGGAGGAAAAGAUAAGUUUGCAUGUUUUUUUUUCCAAUAUCCGUAACUGUAUUAAUCAAGUUUUACCUUGUUUAGUUUAUUAUCCCGUCACAUUUCAUGAGUGUACUUCACUAAGCGAAGGCUGCUACGGAGAACUCCAAACCGGUUUGCUGCUUUUGCGGCAUUUAUAGGGUUGCAUUCGAUUAAACCCUGUUUAAGCUGAAUAUAGACGAACGCUCAUGACGGACUGUCAGUAAUUUAGCAGACAUAUAUAUAAAUUUCAGCUUCACUUGAUUAAUUCAUAUGUAGAAGAUUGCAUAGCUCCGUGAUUUUGGAAAGCGAUCUGAUGAGUGAGACAAAAACCUUUGAUUUCGAAGAAUGUCUCGGAUACGGUUUAUAAUUCGGUUAAAAUUCGUUUUGCCAAAGACAAAGUGCUCCUAUUAUUUCUUUAUUUAUCUUGUACUAAGGAAUGUUCUUCAAAUAUUUACGAUCGGCUAUUUACAUGUGUAAAUAACUAAUUUUUAUUAUUUCGUUUUGACGCAACUUUGUUUAUGUUUGUGAUUGACGAAAUAAUUUGUUGUUGUACCUGUUAUCAUGUCCUAUUUUUUCGAUCACUAAACUGUGGUACGGUUCUCGUUGUCGAUUCGCUCUGAUUCCCCUUUAUCUGUCUAAAAUAAGCUUAACUUUUGGUACAUGAUUUACAGAUUUUAUAAGCAUUUUCGUGAAUGAUUUCACUGAGUUAAGUCUACCAGUACACAAAUUCAUUUUAUGAAAUUGAAUAAUUUAUUUUUUACAUGUUUAAGCCUCAGAUUCCUUGCGGGAGAGAUGCUCCUUCUGUUAUUUCAUUUAUGUCAUGCAUAAAACUAAAUUCACACUUUUUGAGCCUGAGUGAAACCUUAAUUGUGCUUGAAAUAUUUUGUAGGAGAAGAUGCUCAUUUACCAGCAGAGUCUGCGAAGACUGUGUUUGAAGAAGACUGUCUGAGCCUUAAUGAAGACAUGCAUUCUUCACCAGCCAAGGUUGAUGAACAGAGGAAGCCUUCAAAAAGGAUAAGUAAUGGCGAUGUUUUAAAAAUGCAGUACGAAUGCCUGUGUACUCAGAAGGAAAUGUUGAAUCUUAAAAACAAAAAUUGAAAAUGCAAAUUCAUCUUCUGGAGCAACAGGUCAAUGCAAACCAAACCUUCGCAACUGCAUUAAAUGCAAAUUUUGUAGUUCCCAACACCGAUUCAUUUUAAAGGAGGAAUAGUGUAAUAAGUCCUCUUAAAGAAAUAUUUUGGGCAAAUGUUGUUCUCGUAUAAUUUAUUAUAAAACAUACACAAUGUAUUUUGUUCUCAAAAUGUAUUUUAAUGUAAUAAAACAGAUUCUUGAGUCAAACUUAUUUUAAUGUGUUUUUUUCAACCAGAAACCCCUUAAAUGCAUAUAUGAAUUUUUUAUAUUUUAUGGGAAGUUAAAUUAAGAGCAAAACUGAUUGCAUAAGGCAGAAAUACAAAAAUUAAAAAUUGUCAGAAAAAGGUGUUGCAGAUGUGGUCUCGGAUGACCUUGCCAUCCUCUGGACCCCGGAAGCAAACAAGAUUAGGUUGAUCAUCAGCCUCAGCAUAGCCAUCCAAAGGUUCCUUUCUCAGAAUUGCAAUGUUAUGUAAAACUGCACAUGCUCCGAUAAUGAUGGACACUUUUUUCUGGCUUCAUUCUGAUCUCAGAAUGAAGCAGAUGGAACCUUCCUUCCACCAGCCAAAGGCUUGUUCUAUUGCCACUCUUGUUCUUUUGUGGGCACUGUUGAACUCUUGCUGCUUGUCAGUGACUGGAUUCAGGUAAGGGGUCAUCAGGUACGGCUUGCAAGGGUAACCACUGUCACCCAACAGUAAACCAUCUUCCAGGGACUGGUGUUGGAUGUUAAGUUGUUGGCCAAUUCUUGAAUCCCUAAAUAUGAAGCUGUCAUGGGUGCUGCCUGGCCAUCGUGCUACAAUGUUGGUAAACAUGCCUAAAAUAAAACAGCAAAGAAGUUAUGUGACCAGUUCUUACCUAUGAUGUAGAAAAUCUCAUCUCAGUUUAUAACAAUAAUGUACUGCAAAGAGGAACAACAAUAAUUGUGUCUAUGAUGAACUGGGGUAACUGAUACAAAUAUUAAGUUUACUUGGAAAACCUUUUCAUUGUUUAAUUUGUUUUUUGAAAUUUGGGAGACUGCAUCAUUUUGAAAUCCCUGCUGAUUGUUGCACUCUGUUGGUCAUUAGCUGAGCAAUAUAUUCACAAAUAUCCCACAUUAUUUCUUGCUUUUUUCCCUUGUUUUUUACUUUUUUAUACUGUCACUAAAAUAUUGGUGUGAUAAUUUUGGUAAAUUUUCUGUAUGUGUGUUUGCAAACCAAACUCCACCUAUACCAUUUGACUCAAAAAUAUUUUAAAAAAAAAAAUUUUAUCACUACUCCCAUUUCCUGAAUAUGUGAAACUGCAAUCUAGUAACUCCCAACAAUGCAACCCCAUAGCAGCUGAUGUGCUAGAAAUCUCAAUCUAAAACCUUCUAUAAGGGGAGUACCCUCCCUGCCAAAGGUUAUUUUGCAAUUUUAUAGAACACUAAUUGUGACAUUUGAGUAUUUUACCUACCUUUGUGAUUGCAAAUUGCUUGCACAUUUAUGGAAUGGAACCCUUUACGAUUGACAAAAUCGUUUUCGUUUUCAUGUGGUGCCUGAAUCUUGAUGUGGGUGCCGUCAACACAGCCAAUCACCCCAGGAAAUCCCCCUUGGUAAAAAACCGCGUUUGUUUUGAAGUAUCUCCUCUUCGGUCGAUGGCCACUUGAUGAAGUUUCUUUGUUUCUGUGCAAGGGCAAGCGAAACUUGACCGAUUAUACGGGACACGGAUGACUUUGACAGGCCCAGAGUAUCUCCAAUAACUUGAAGAAAGCUUCCGGAGGCGAAAAAAAGCGCAACGCUACAAGGACUUGCACAGUUGUCGACAAAGCAUGGUUUCGAGAUGUAUCUCUUUCAAGAUCGUCGCGAAGGAGCUCAGAUAAAAAUUCUAUGGACUCUCGGCCAAAAACGAUAUCGACUUCUCAAUUCUUCAUCAGUAAAAUUGGACAGGGAAAAGUCGUCUGGUAGCCUAAAUGUCCUUUCUUUCCUUCUUGGGGCCGGCAUCAAGCCUAAUCCGCCAAGUAAUAAGUCGGCCAUUUUGUUUUGUUUGGGGAAAGUUUUCCCUCGAUUAGUGAGUUAAUCCACGUCGCUAGGUGUGUUAAAGUUAACCUUUAUUUUAACCCUGGGAUAGUGCUAAUCGCGCUUUCAGGAACAGAAACUAAUCGUAGGUUAAAUUUUAUUCUUGGGUUAGGGCGAUUUAAUCGUGGGUUAGCGCUAAUCGGCUUUCGAACAACCGGGGCCAGGCCAAUAACACUUGUCAGUAUUAUUAUUGUUUAUUUAUGAUUUUUUUUGUAGGCUCACUAUCACCAGUGGCGAGGUCAUAGCUGUCCUGUCACACGGAUGCUCUUCCUAUCAUCAGACACCUACCUCAUAACAACUGGCAGUCGUGAUUUCUGUAUUCUUCAGUGGUCAGUAGAGGGAAAGGUUCCUGUCUUUCAGGAGGAGGAGGAGUAUGGCAUGGAAAACAACAUGGUCCUGACUGGUGGGCGUCCAAAGGAAAGACGAAGACUUUCAGACAAUGAGAGCUACCAUUCUGAUUAUAGUGCUGAAGAGCAAGAGAACAAUGACUAUAAUAAACGCUAUACUAAUGCAGCAAGAGGCAAACAAGUAAUAAGGCGGCAACAGCCCAUUGAAGACAGGUAUGCUGAUGAGGAACCUCCCAAUCAAAUGCAUCCAACAAGAAAGACACAUCUCAGUCACCCAAUGGAUGAUCCUAAACCUGGGGGAAGAAGUCCUAGACGCAAUUUCCCAACCCAGAGCACCAGAUUGCAGCAAGGAUCAUAUUCAGAGAAAAUGACAAAAAAUAAAGGUGUCAGUAAUGCAAAGUGGAACCAACAAUCUCCUGAUUAUCCUGAGGAAGAGUCUGCAGACCUGGAACAAUAUUCUGAUGAGGAAAGCCCGAGACAGCAUCAAGGACAUGGUGGUAGGGGUGGGGGUAGAAGCCACUAUCCAAUGGCAAGAGGACAGGAUAGAGACUGGGACAGGAGGCAGCGGAGGUAG